CAAACAGGUUGUUACUGGCAGAAGCACCACUGAGAUCUGAAUCCUGGAACUUGCUUUCAAGAUCUUGAAACAAAGGACUUUCUAAUUUCAGCAUGGCUAAUCGAGGAGCAACAAGACCCAAUGGGCCAAAUGCUGGAAAUAAAAUUUGCCAGUUCAAACUAGUACUUUUAGGAGAGUCUGCAGUUGGCAAAUCAAGUUUGGUGCUUCGUUUUGUAAAAGGACAGUUUCAUGAGUUUCAAGAAAGUACGAUUGGAGCUGCUUUUCUAACCCAGACUGUAUGUCUUGAUGAUACAACAGUAAAAUUUGAAAUCUGGGAUACAGCUGGGCAAGAGCGGUACCACAGUUUAGCACCAAUGUACUACAGAGGAGCACAAGCAGCUAUAGUGGUAUACGACAUAACAAAUGAAGAGUCCUUUGCCAGAGCGAAAAAUUGGGUCAAAGAACUUCAGCGACAAGCAAGUCCUAACAUUGUAAUAGCUUUAGCAGGAAACAAAGCUGAUCUAGCUAACAAAAGAGCUGUGGAUUUCCAGGAAGCACAGGCUUACGCAGAUGACAACAGCUUAUUGUUCAUGGAGACAUCUGCCAAAACAUCUAUGAAUGUAAAUGAAAUAUUCAUGGCAAUUGCAAAAAAACUGCCCAAGAGUGAACCACAAAAUGCAGGAGCCAACUCUGCCAGAGGAAGAGGAGUAGACCUUACUGAACCAACACAACAGCCCAAGAGUCAAUGUUGUAGUAACUAAAACAUCAAUUGCUUUAAACUGUUCUGAAUAUUCUUCUGCUUCCUAACUGUUAAUAACCAUGGAAUUGGAGUGCUUAACCUGGCCCAGUACAGCUUCCAAACAGCGAAGAGACUUACGAUAAUAGUCAAGUUCAUGAUACAGGGUUUUCUUUUGACCUAAAUUUUUAACAUGCAUGUAUCCACCACUGGCUGUAAUGUUUCAGCAGUAGAGAGAAGGAAGUGGAAUAAACUUCCUUCAGUUGUAAGGUUUUAAAAAUCACUUAAGGGUGUUAGAAGAACUACUCUCUGUGGACCUGAUUGGCCAGUUCCUUUAGCCUCAAUACUGAUUACUGUUAUAAUAAAUAGAAUUGGGACUUUUCAUAAUUCUUAAUUGUGCUUUAAAACCUUUUUAGAAACAGGGUUAAAAAUUACUUAAACUUAUUCACAGUAUUCAUGCAACCAGUUGUUUCUGCAGGUAUCCACUGUUCAGUUAUACAUUCCAUAGUUUAAUAAUUUAAUUACAAAUAAUACUUGCAUUAACAAUUUUAAGAACCCUAUGCUUGCAGGAAAGUGGAGUUUUAGUUGGUACACUGUAUGUAAAUUAUAUCAACCCGGUUAGUUAUCUAAAGGAAUUAGUGAUAAAUCAAGUUUAACUUCAUUUCUAAUCUGUUCAGAGGGUACAGACCAGUCAAUUCAACUUUAUGACUUAGGAAUUCUUUUUUUUUUUUUUUUUUUUCCUCUACAAACUGUAAGAGCUCUUCAAGUAAAACCACAACAAACUUGGUGUCUGUGACUUCUUUCUUGGUUUUGAUCAUUGCUGGCCAUUACAGUUUGUUUUUCCCCUAAGGAAAAAAAUAGUGCACUAACGAUUAUGUACAUCCAACUUGAUUUUAAAUUUGGAUAUUAAUGUACUGUAAAUAGGUACUCUGCAUUGUAGUCUACAUUUGUUUAAUACUUUCUGUAAUAUUUAAGAGUUGCUUAAAGGUAUACAGAAUGUACAGUUACUUAAAGCUAACUUUUUUCCUCUCUAAUCAAAGGGGGUUCUGAGUUCUUCCUUUAUGGCUAGAACAGUAAUAAAUGAUGCUCCUGUAUCUGUAACAUAAGUACUGCUGUCUGUCAGUAAUGAACUUUGCAACUUUGUUUUCCAAAGUACAUUUUAUUUUGAUCUGUCCAGUAUAUUGCACUAAUUCUUUUAGUUAUUUUCAUUAUAUGAAAUCUACCAAGUGUGUCAGAAGAGAUGAAUUAGUCUAUUUAAAUGUUGAACUGAUAGCAGAAACUUACUUGUGCAGAUUUUAAAUUUGCAGUAAUCUGGGUUUAGCAAGGAAAAUGACAGUUCACCAGUGUUCAGUUUUAUAUUGAGGUGCUCAGGUUUGAAUAAAGUGGUUUAAAAAAAAAAAAAGAACACUUUUGAUUACUGUUUCUUACUGAGAAUUUCAGAAGGUUUUAUUGCAUUUGCACAGUUCCAGACAAGAUGUCUGAUUUACUAUGUGGGUCAGCAUUUAAGAUGAUGGCAAGUAAAUUCAUGACACAGAUAAA